AUGGGCAUCCUGAUAACGAUGAUAUUCAAUGACGUCAGCAAGUUUAUGAUUGGUCGACCUCGACCUGUUUUUCUGGAGGUCUGCCAGCUCAACCAAUCAGCUUGCUACAAUUUAAAUUUGUACCCCAACUCGAGUCUGACCAUGUGUGACCCGGAUUCGGCCUGUGGCAAUAAGGAUGCCAGCGUGAUGGCUUGGGCGAGCAAAUCCUUUCCUUCCUUCCACGCCUCUAUCACAUCCUUCUCGUCUGUCUUCACGGCUAUAUACAUCCAGAGAAUAGUAAGCCACGAUCUAAAAUGUCGGAUAAUCGGACCAUUUUUGGCACUCUCCAUCGUAAUGAUGUCCCUGCUGUGCUGUCUGCAGAGGUUCGCCCUUCUAUUCAACCACUGGACGGAUGUGGUGGUGGGCUUUGGCUGGGGGACCAUCGUGGCGGUUUACUUGGCGGUUUUCAAUUUGAACAACUUCAAAGAAAAAAAUUCUCGCGACAGCAGCAGCGGCGGUGGUGGUGGUGACGACGAUGACGAUGAGAACAGAGAUAGAAUACCAUGGUAUUGGGCACCAUGGCAUUGGAGCAGUAAUCACAAUUUCUACAACUCGCGUCUGACGCUCGACAACAACAAAACGUCAACGACACUGGCGACGACCACCAACUACCACAACCACAACAACACCUUUCAACAACAACAACAACAACAAAUUAAGUUCAACAAUCCUCUGAUCAUCCUAACAUUUUUAUUUUAUCCGAGAGAUGUCACAAUUCAACAUUCCUUUCACGCUUAA